AUGACCCUCUUUCGAAACACCAUCAUCUCACUCUUGGUUGCUCUGACUGCCAUUGUACUCUUCCAGUAUCGUAUCCAAGACACCGCGACUGUCGCCUUUGAGUUUAUAAAGACACUGGCCCCCGCUGCUUUUUUGAUCUCCAACAACAAAACAAACACAAACACAGACCACCACCUCUACGCCACAGAAAUGUCCGUCUCUCGAGCCAUCCGCAAGGUCUUCCUCGCCAUUGAGCAGUCCGAGGGCGCUGGUGCCCGCGUCCGACGCUCAAUCGGCACUCCUCAGCUGCGAAACUUCUCGCCCUUUCUCAUGCUCGACCACUUCUCCAUCAAGCCCGGCGCUGGUUUCCCUGAUCAUCCCCACCGAGGCCAGGAGACCAUCACCUAUCUCCUCGAGGGUGGCGUUGACCAUGAGGAUUUCGCCGGUAACAAGGGCACCAUCCACGCUGGUGAUCUUCAGUUCAUGACUGCUGGCAAGGGAAUCGUUCACAGCGAGAUGCCCGCCCAGAACUUUGACACCAACGUCGGUCUCCAGCUGUGGGUCGAUCUGCCCAGCAACCUCAAGGCCUGCGAGCCUCGCUACCGCGAUCUCCGCGCCUCCGAGAUCCCCAUCGCCAAGGUCGACGACGACCGAGUGACCGUCAAGGUUAUCUCCGGCCAGAGCCACGGCAUCGACUCCGUCAAGGACCUCGCCUACACCCCUGUCUGGAUCCUCGACAUUGAGAUCCGCCCUGGCGGAAAGAUCACCCAGCCUCUUCCCCAGAACUGGAAUGCCUUUGCCUACACCCUCGAGGGCGACGUGAUUGUUGGAAAGGAUGACCAGCGCCGAGUCGUUGAGCAGUUCCACAACAUCGUCUUUGAGCCCCAGGGCGACGUCGUCCACUUCGAGGUUGACCCUGACGCGACCAAGCCUGCACGACUGGCUCUUAUUGCUGGCACCCCUCUCGACCAGCCUGUCGUCCAGUACGGCCCAUUUGUCUUGACCUCCAAGGAGGAGGUGGCCAAGGCUCUGUUCGACUACCAAACCCACUCCAACGGUUUCGAGCGAGCAAAGGACUGGGAGAGCGAGAUUGGAAAGUCCAUGUUGCACUAG